AUGAAGGGGAUUCGCCGAAACUCUCCUGUCUUUCAAAACUUCAUCAUGGGAUGUAUGUUGUUCUGCCUGCCCGGCAUCUAUGUGGCCAUCACUGGUCUCGGAGCCGGUGGUGGGAAGUCAACUUCUCAAGUCACAUCUUCUGAUGCCAAUACCAUCCUUUACGGGAUGUUCACACUCUUUGGUUGGCUAGGCGGUUCCAUCUUGAACAUUUUCAGACCAAAAAUUACUGCCGUGUUUGGUGCUAUUGGCUAUCCAUUAUAUAUCGGUGGGCUAUGGUACUACGAUCGAACAGAACACCCAUGGUUUGUACUAUUUGCCGGUGCCAUGCUGGGCAUGACCGCUGGCUGUCUCUGGACCACCACAGGAUACGUCUCGUAUGUCUAUCCCCAGGAAAAGGAGAAGGGCACAAAAGUACAUUGUGAUUCAGUACAUGCUUCAUUCUUUGGGCUCAACAGUGGGAGCCUUUGUGCCUUUGGCGGGAACGUUCACGAAACCUCCACCAAAGGUGUAUCUGACGGUGUCUAUAUCACCUUCAUUGUCAUCAUGUGCUGUGCCAUUCUUAUUGGAGGUAUAUUCAUCGUCGAUCCCCGGAAGGUCGUUCGUGAUGAUGGCACGCACAUUGCCAUCUUCAAAAAAGAAAAACCUGGAAAGGAACUCAUGGAGAUGUUGAAGGUCUUUGUUGACAAAAGGAUUCUACUUCUUACUCCUGCAAUCUUCUGCGGUGAGAUGGCCUCUGCUCUCGUUAGCAGUAUCAACAGCUACUACUUCAAUCUCCGGACCCGAUGCCUCAAUAACGCCAUAUACCAAAUCAUCCAGAUCAUAAUUCCAUUCGUCUUGUCGUUUUUCCUUGACACCAAGUUCGUCAAGCACCGGCGCACUCGUGGCUACCUUGGUAUUGCUUUUAUCGGAACUAUCACUCUGUGUUCAUGUGCUGGACUCACAGCCUUCAUCGUGGAGAACGGCCUCAAUAAACAUACCAGCCCAAAAGCACGAGGAAACGACUGGUCAGACCCUGGCUUUGCGAAAGCCUUUGUCAUCUAUUUGUUCUGGGGGAUGGUCUACAGUGGCUAUCAAAUCGUUGUUGAGUGGGUCCUUGCUGCGCUAACUAACGACCCUGCCGUUCUGGCGCGAUAUUCGGGCUUAUUCAAGGGAAAGGGCAGCUUGGGGAUAAUGGUCUCUUUCCUGCUGGACUCGCGAACGGUCCCUUAUAUCUGGCAGCUUACGUUGCAGUUUGUGCUUUACACCAUUGGCAUCAUUGGAAUGGUCGUUGUGACGAAGUUGUACAUCCCAGAUACAAACUAUUUUAGUGAGGAAUCCGUCGUUGUUCCACACCAAGUCGAGGAGAUGGCCAAACUUGGGGGAAUGGUCACGGAAGAGCAGAUCAAUCACGAGUUUGAAAAGGAACGGCGAGCUGCGCAACUUGCAGAGGGCCACGACAUUGAGAUCACUCCGGCUUGA